AUGGACAUUUUAUCAAGAAUUGCUGCCUUCAGACUGCAGACGGCACAGAGGCUACUCUAUGGCUGCGGAUACUGCUGGCUGGCGUCUGCUCAGCUGCUCCUGAGGAAGGCUGGCUGGCUGAGACUGGACAAAAAGCUUUUUCUUGUAAGGACCUCUGAAGUUGACCUGGCUGGAAUAACACCUUUCUACAACUCGGUGCUUGAUGCAUGGAAGACAUUCAAGACCACACGGACCAUGGACCUCAGACCUGGUUUGUGGAUCUUUGAGGAGCCACUGUUCUACAAUGAUUUCUUUACAUCUAACAUGCUUUCCUCCACAUCACUUUGCACCAAGUUUGUCGAGGCUGGCAUUGUCAAACUGGGCCACCUCAUAAGAACAUCUCCAGAGAGGCUUGGUGGAGUCAUCGGCGUCAGGUCUUCCAGGGUGCUGAAGAAGAUAGUGGACAAGGUCUGGCAGUCCCUGUCUGUAUCACUCAGGGUGUAUGCCCAGGACUGUACCCUGGUUGACCUAUGGCACGAGGACCACAAAUACAUCUUUCCUGCACUAAGUGUCAGACCUGCGACUGAAGAGUGGAGAGAGGGCUGCUUCUGUCCCUCAUGUGGGAAGAAGCAGCUCUACUACAGCUGUGUAAAGGUACUGAACUUCCGCUCUUUGGUUGAAGUCAGGGAGUCGAGGUGGACCCAGGUUUUUGCUCCAGAAUGCACCCCUAAAGGCUGCUGGAGGACUCUAUACAAGCCUCCCAUUGAGAAAUGGAUGGCUGACCUCCAGUGGAGGAUCAUACAUGGAGUGAUAGCCACAAACAGACACAGCUCACCUGGAUCCCAGCACUGGGGAGGACUGUCCCUUCUGUCGCCAACAGGAAACCCUCGAACACUUGGUCUGAGCGAAGCAGAAACUCUUGUUACCGUGCGCAAAGUAACGCACCUCACCGUACAAGAGCCUCUCGCAGGCUCUGCCCUCCUUCCCUGCGUCCACACCCUGCCGCUCGGUUCCUCCCACCAAGACGGGACUCCGCAUGUGCGAUGGACCCGUCUUGAGGGUGCCACGGAGACCACUGUGCUCUCACUCGAGAAUGGUGAGGUGCGCGUACAGCGGGCGUACGAAGGUCGGAUCGGUCUGCCAGGGUACGACUCAAACAGCCUGAACGUCUCGCUGGCUCUCUCCCAGCUCCGCACCAACGACUCUGGGACCUUUCUCUGCCACGUGAUCCUCGGGGACACUUACGAGAAGGACACUGUCACACUUGAGGUUACAGGGGUUGUGUUCCAUUACCGGACGCUGGCUGAGCCCUACUCUCUGUCGUUCGUGGAUGCUAAGCAUGCGUGUGAGCAGAACUCGGCUCAGAUCGCAUCUGCAGAACAACUCUGGGCUGCUUUCCACUCAGGCCUGAACGAGUGCUCGGCCGGCUGGCUCAGCGAUCAGACCGUCAGGUACUCGAUUCAGAAACCAGAGCUGGGCUGCUACGGACACAGCGAAAACGUACGAGGAGUGAGGAAUUAUGGGAAGCGAGACGCUGCCGAGCUGUUCGAUGUGUACUGCUUCGCCAGUGUCAUGCAAGGUGAAGUGUUCCCGCUCUCGGCUCCAGGGAAUCUCAGCCUGGCUGAGGCCGUGGCUCAGUGCGCUGUUCUGGGCGCUCAGCUGGCCACAGUGGGUCAGCUCCAUCUGGCAUGGCGCUCCGGCCUGGAGCACUGCGAACCUGGAUGGCUUGCAGAUGGCAGUGUGAGGUACUCGGUGAUUAAACCCCAUCCUGAGUGUCGGAUUGGAGAAGCAGGAGUCCACACUGACUCAUCCACAGAGCUCAGCAAUGGGACUGCCAUGUUCAAUGCAUACUGCUACAGAGAAUUACAACAUUCUUCUACUGAGCCACCCGUCCCCCAGCCAUCAAACUGGACUGGGCAAGUGGAUCUGGACACUGAGCCCAUUCUGGUCAGCGAAUCUGUCUCUGAUGAUUAUGUUAUGGCACAUCUCUGUGUAGAGGAUGGCUCCCUGGACUGGAGUAACCAGGCAGAUUCCUCCCAAAAUACCUGGCAGGAUGUCUCGACCCCCCUGUCCGACAUCACCACUGAAAGGCCCAAAGAGGAAAAUAAGGACGAUGAAGUUACAACAGUGCCUUUGCCAACACCAACCACGGCUCAGAAGAAAGACUUGUUCAGAAACGUCGUGAGCUCCUGGUGGAAACCCUGGAACUACCUGACAGGAAACAGUGAGGAGAAGAAGGACACUACUCCGAGUUCUCUUACCACAGUGAUAAGCACUACAGUCCUUGAAGCAUCUUCAAGCACAAAGUCUACCUCUUCUCCAGCAUCAGGGCCAAUAUCAUGGUGGUCACGUUCCUGGUUCAACAAAUUUUCCUCAACAAGAGAUCAGACGACCAUUUCCCCUCAGCUCGAGAACACAGAAGCUUCAGUGGCAGUCCCAGUCGAGACCACCAAAGAAGACCUGGAGCAAAGCAUGACCACAACCACAGGAGAUUGGGCAGUGGUGACUGAGGUUCUCCAGCUUGGAAGCAUGACACCUGACAUGAACAAAGAGGCUGUGCCAUCUGUAGUUUCACUCAAGGAAGAAGAAGAAGAAGAAAAAAAAGAUGAGGAGAAAGGGAUUGGACUACUGCAAGAGGAAUUUGGAGAGGACAGGAGGAUAGAGGAAGAGGGUAGCUCCUUGGGAGAUGUGGACCUAACAGAAAGUACCACCAAAACUCUAACUACAGGGCAAGCCCUAACUAGUAUGUCUCCUAGCAUCAAGUCAACUGUAGGUCCAACUACACAGCAAGUGGAAGAGAUAACACCCGCUGAGGCUCGAGGAGAGAUCCAGUAUGAACCCAUGACCACAGCAAGGCAACCUGACCAAAAAAUAACCACCAUGUUUGUCUCCAUUCCUUCAGCUGGUUCUGAAAGGGAAGAAGGAACCCAGACCACCUUGAUUCCUGAUCUCACCACUUCGUCUUCUCAAAGCCUGACGGAAAGAGGAGUCAUUUCUCCCACGGCUUCCGAUGACUACCAUCUGUCAAUCUCUGGAUCCCUGUUGCCUGGCAACCCAGAGACUGGCCUUGGCAACUCUGAUUCCAGCAUGAACAAUGGAUCUGAAGCUAUGGACAGAUGCAGUUGCUUGCAUGGAGGAACAUGCCUCCCCCACGACGAGGGCUUCCAGUGUUUCUGCCCACAGGGAUACACAGGAGAGAGCUGUGAGAUCGAUGUAGAUGACUGCCUGUCCAACCCAUGUGAGAAUGGAGGAACCUGCAUCGACAAGGUGGACUCCUUCAUCUGCCUGUGUUUGCCCAGCUACAGUGGAGACAUGUGUGAGAAAGACACUGAAGGCUGUGACCACGGCUGGAAGAAGUUCCACGGUCACUGCUACAAACUGUUCACCCGCCGGCACACCUGGGAGGACGCUGAGAAGGACUGCAGAGAGCUCAGCGGCCAUCUGACCAGCAUCACCUCCAGCAUGGAGCAGGACUUCCUCAGCGGCCUGGGCCAUGAUAAUGUGUGGAUUGGACUGAAUGACAGAACAGUGGAGGAAGAUUUCCAGUGGACUGACAACAUGGACCUGGUCUAUGAGAACUGGCGCGAGAACCAGCCAGAUAAUUUCUUUGCAGGUGGAGAAGAUUGUGUGGUGAUGAUCUCUCGAGAGGACGGCAAGUGGAACGAUGUGCCUUGUAACUACAACCUGCCCUACAUCUGCAAGAAGGGCACAGUGAUGUGUGGGACUCCUCCUGCCGUAAGAAACACGUAUCUUGUGGGUCGGAGGCGGGCGCACUACGACAUCCACUCAGUGGUGCGUUACCAGUGUGCCGACGGCUUCUUCCAGAGACACGUCCCGACAGUGCGCUGCCGACCCAACGGCACCUGGGAGAGACCCAAGAUCGUCUGCACCAAGUCACGGAGGUCUCACCGUUACCGCCGGCAACAUCACAGAUAUCACCACGAGCACCGGCGACACCGCAGACACGGCUCUGGCCACCGGGGGCGGGACUAG